AUGACUGCCGUUCAGAACCAAGAGCUGAGAAUGGCAGCAUACCGAGCCCCGUCCCUCUUUCAACCUCACCGUGCCCGUCAAGCGUUGCGCGAUGCCCACGAGGGGAAAAUUUCUCCUCUCAUCGGUCUUUACCUCGGCCUCAGCUCAGUUCCAACGGCGAGGUAUAUCGCGCCGCUUGGGUUUGACGCGGUGUUUAUAGAUUGGGAGCAUUCAUCCUGCAAUGUGGAGACCAUGACAACGAUGGUCCAUGAUAUUUCUUUUAUGAGCGAAGGCAGGACCAUUCCUUUUGUCCGGAUCCCCGGCCAUGAACAUGCUGCAGUGGGCUACGCACUGGAUGCCGGUGCCAGCAUUAUUGUACCGCAGGUGAAUACCGUGGCGGAAGCAAAGCACGUAGUGUCUUCCACGAAGUAUGGAGCGAAGUGCGGCGGCACUCGCUCGGCGCCUCCAUAUCGUCUCAUCCAAGGCAUUACUGAUACUCCUAUCGACAAGACCAAAUCCAUUCACGAAAACCAAAAUGACCAAGCGGCCAUAGUAAUCCAGAUCGAGUCACUGGAGGGAUUGAAUAACCUGGACUCCAUCUUGUCCGAAGUCCCUGAGAUCGAUGCCGUGUGGUUCGGUAUCAUCGAUUGUCGAGUCUCGAUGGGACUCCGUUGGGAAUCUGGCGUGGUACCGACUGAGCCAGAAUGGCAGGAGGCUCUGGCAAAAUUUGGGAAUAUUAUGAGGAAACAUAAUAAGCCAUGUGCAGGAUUCGCGCUGGGACCCCCGGAGAAAAUGCGAGCGAUGGGGGAAGGCAAAUCUUUGGUGUUUGUUGCUGUCGAUGUUUUGGCCUUGCUGAGUAUUGUGGCCGAUCUGGAAAACGCUCACCAAGUCUUUGUGCCUGCCAAUUGA